AUGAAGAAACUUGUUUUGAUAGCGCUUUUGUUCUUUGCCCAAACGAUAAGCGCAGAAUACAACAAACAAUUAUACGACAGUGUUAUAUCUGGCGAUUAUGACCACGCCGCAUCUAUUGCUAAACGGCUACAUACAAACAACGACAGCGAACUUCAAGAAACUAUUUCGAAGUUGAUAUCAGACAAAAUUCGCAAUCUCGUCGAUUUUUCGUACAGACUGUGGACUACCGGAUCGAGAGAAAUCAUCACCGAUAACUUUCCAAUACAGUUCCGAUUAUUUUACAACGACAGAGCUAUCAAAAUAACGGACGCGAAAUAUGGUUACUCAAUAAAGCUGACACCGGGGCAAAAUAAGGCAAUAAUAAAUAUCUCUGAUAAUACUAACGUGAGGAGCAGUUGGGUAUUCAAGCCACUGUGGGAGAGCAACAAGCUCUACUUCAAAAUUUGGAAUGCUGACUCCAAUUCCUACCUUGAAUUCGGCGAAAAGGAUGCCAACGGUAUUCAACCACUAAUAGGCUCGGACAGAGCCAGCAGCGAAAGAUUCCAGUGGUAUUUAGUGCCCGACAAAAAUGCCGCUACGUCGGAGAUAUUUUUUUAUAUUUACAAUCGCAAGUUUAACGAUCCUAUCGAGAUUAACCUCAAAGAGAACAGCAAUGAUGAGCAUCAACUUUUCGGAGAAUUAACGCGAACCGAUGUCAAUUUUGAACACUACGGUUGGAAUUUCGAGCCCCUAUAA